CACAACCAUUCAUGUCUACACAGGAACGCACUCUGGCAUGGUUCUGGGUGCUGCAUGUGCUGCAUCCCACGUGACAGCGCGCAUGGGCGCCGAUCGGCGCUACUGUCGCGUUCACCGACAGUUUCGAAAUACAUUGUAGCCAUAUUAUCACACAGCUUCGCAGCAGCAUCCAUAACCCCCACCACCACCGCUCAAGAGUCACCAUGGCCGACAACGCCAAGCCAGACGCCCCAGCGCAGGGCCCCGCAGCCCCUCUCGGCGAUGCACCUGAGAAGCAGAGCGAGCCCGUUGCUCCCCAGUCCAUCGAGGCCGGGGAAAAGGGCCUCGAGGCCACCACGGAGACGAACGAGGCCGAGGAGCUGGCCAAGGGCACAGCUGAUCUUGCACUGGACGAGAAGAAGCCCCUAGACCCAAUGCCCAUUGUUGCUCCCCAGCCUGCCGUCGCCGUGGAGAGCCUGCCCACUGAAGCUUCGCAGCAGGCCUCUGACCAGGCACCCGUCACCACUGCAGGCCCCAGCACCGUCCUGACGCUUGGCGACAGCGGCACGGCCGCCGGUGCUGCUGGUUCUGCUCCUGGUGUCACCACUGACGCUACCGGUGCUGUCGUCUCCAACGAGUCUGCCCCGGCUGGUGCUGGUGCUGAUGCUGGUGCUGGUGCUGGUGCUGGUGCUGGUGCCGCUGAUACUGCUGCCCCUGCCCCUGUCCCGGCUGCUGCUGCCACUGAUGCUGCUGCUCCUGCCGCUGCUGCUCCUGCCGCUGCUGCUCCUGCCGCUGCUGCCCCUGCCGCUGCCUCUGCCUGGCCUGAGACCGCCGCCGACCACCCCUUGACCCACUUCUAUGACGCCUUCGAGAAGCUCACCGAGGAGUCCGGCCACAACGAGGUCUACGGCGUCACACUCACAAAGUCCGACGAGUUCCACACCAAGCUCAUCCUGCAGAAGUUCCUGCGCGCCAACGCGAACGAUCUCGAAAAGGCCAAGCAGCAGCUGCUCGAGACGCUGAAGUGGAGGAAGGAAUUCGAUCCUCCCAAGGCCGCAGGCGAGUCCUUUGACAAGACCAAGUUCGAUGGCCUCGGCUACAUCAUCGAGGUGGACGGCGUCCCGGAGAGCGAGAACAAAAAGGACACCGUCACGUUCAACAUUUACGGUGCUGUCAAGGACAACAAGGCCACGUUCGGUGACCUCGAUGCUUUCCUGCGCUGGCGCGUAGGCCUCAUGGAGAAGUCUGUCCAGAAGCUCAACCUCUCCAGCGCCACCCAGCCCAUCCCCAACUACGGCGAAGGCCCCGACCCCUACCAGGGCUUCCAGGUGCACGACUACCUGCAAGUCUCGUUCCUGCGCCAGGACCCGCUCGUCAAGGCCGCAACAAAGAAGACCAUUGAGGUCCUGGGUCGCUACUACCCGGAGACCCUGUCGCGCAAGUUCUUCGUCAACGUGCCCGUCGUCAUGGGCUGGCUGUUCAACGCGACCAAGCUCUUCAUCGCCAAGGAGACAGUCAAGAAGUUCACCGUCCUGAGCUACGGCAACCAACUGGCUACCGAGCUGGGCCAGAGCAUCCCCAAGGAGUACGGCGGCACCCAGGCCGCGCUCAGCGAGGUCGGUGAGGGCAUGCAGUUCGCAGCCUAGGCAGACCCGCGAGACAAGUGGACUGGUUUCUCACUUCUUGCACAAUACUGAGCGGAGAGGGGGGAGGGGGCAGGUAAUGGCAGGAGAGAUGUUGCCCACAGAUGGCGGGUGGACGUACAUAAAGUUUAGCGAAAAGCUUGAUAGCCUUCAUAUACCCAAUCACAUGUCCAUUAGCACUGUA